UUCCAUGUCAACCCUAAACAACACCUUUGUAUGUAGUCAACUGCUGUUGUGCAUUUUCUCUCUGCUGCCCCAUAAAGAUGACGUUAUGCUGCAGAUCCAGGGAUGACGUCGCUCGCUCUCGCGAUAUUUCGGCGUCAAGCAGGUUUUGAGCCUAACCCCCCUCCCGCGCUGUCCCCUCCCACGCCCCAGCGCGCUGUGUCGGGAUAGUGGCAGUAUAAAGUAUAUCUUCCAUCCGAGACAGCUAAGAAGCGCCAGGCUAGAGGGGAUGAAGAUGGCGGACGCCAAGCAGAAAAGGAACGAACAGUUGAAGCGCUGGAUAGGCUCGGAGACGGAUCUCGAGCCGCCCGUCCUGAAGAAGAAGAAGACGAAGGUGAAGUUCGACGAUGGCGCCGUGUUUCUGGCCGCCUGCUCCAGCGGCGACACGGAGGAGGUGCUGCGAAUGCUCGACCGCUGCGCGGACAUCAACUACGCCAAUGUUGACGGACUCACCGCGCUGCACCAGGCCUGCAUAGAUGAUAAUGUGGACAUGGUGACCUUCCUGGUGGAGCAUGGAGCCUGCAUCAACCAGCCCGACAAUGAAGGCUGGAUUCCCCUUCACGCUGCCGCUUCCUGCGGAUACCUCGACAUCGCUGAGUAUCUUAUCAGUCAAGGUGCAAACGUCGGUGUAGUAAACAGCGAGGGAGAAACGCCACUGGAUAUCGCAGAGGAGGAGGCCAUGGAGGAGCUUCUGCAAAACGAGAUCAACCGGCAAGGCGUGGAUAUUGAGGCGGCCAGGAAAGAGGAGGAGCGGAUCAUGCUAAGGGAUGCACGACAGUGGCUUAACAGCGGUCAUAUCAACGACGUCCGGCACACCAAGUCUGGGGGGACCGCACUGCACGUCGCUGCAGCCAAGGGAUACGCUGAGGUUUUAAAGCUUUUAAUCCAAGCAGGGUAUGAUGUAAAUAUUAAAGACUACGAUGGCUGGACUCCGCUCCACGCUGCUGCACACUGGGGCAAAGAAGAGGCCUGCCGGAUACUAGUAGAGCAUUUGUGUGAAAUGGACAUUGUCAAUAAAGUGGGUCAGACGGCGUUUGACGUAGCUGAUGAAGAUAUCUUGGGAUAUUUAGAAGAGCUGCAAAAGAAACAGAAUCUGCUUCUGAGUGAAAAGAAGGAUGUUAAGAAGUCUCCUUUAAUAGAAACUACGACUACUGGGGACAAUAAUCAAUCUGUGAAACCACUGAAGAGUUUCGGUCUUCCUGUAGCUCAGCUGUCUGAUAACAUUACUGCCCUUGUGCCUGGGGGGGAGCCAGGCUGUCCUGCGUUGUGGCGUCAAGGCUUGCGCAAAACUGGCAUUUCACUUGUGCCCAAAAAAGCGAUGGUGAGCACACCUGCAGGGAAGGUGUCUCCUAAAGAGGAGGAGAGGAAGGAUGAGUCUCCUGCAUCAUGGCGACUGGGCCUGCGGAAAACCGGCAGUUACGGAGCGCUGGCAGAAAUCAGCACAACUAAAGAGGCACAGAAAGAGCAGGACACAGCCGGGGUGAUGCGCUCGGCCUCUUCUCCUCGCCUCUCAUCCUCACUGGACAAUAAGGACAAGGAAAAGGAGAAGGAGAAGACACGUCUGGCGUAUGUUGCACCAACCAUCCCGAGGAGACACGUUAGCACAUCAGACAUCGACGAGAAGGAAAACAGGGAUUCGGCUGCUAGUCUGGUACGUAGCGGCUCAUACACCAGGAGACGCUGGGAAGAAGACCUGAAGAACAACGACGGAACUGCCUCGCAAAACAGAACCUCCAGCUAUCAGCGCAGUACGUCUCACACGCUAGCGUUAGGCCGCACGUCUAGCUCUUGCGACCUGCCCGCCAAAUCCUCCUCUGCCUCCAGCCUGGAACCUAACAACUCUAAAGCCUGGCAGCAGCCUUCCUCCUACUACCAGUCUUACAGCAUUCACCGCAGCGGAUCGUUUGGAAGGAAGCAGGAUGAUGCUUUAAGUUCCACUUCUUCCUCCACCUCCACAACAACGACCUCCACCUCCUCUGUUACCUCACCCACCGGACAUCGCAGCCUGCUGUCCAGGUAUUGGGCAGAAGAGAGUACGGAAAAGGAGAAGGAAAAAGAGUCGGCCACGGUCAUCCCCACAAUCAACACUGCAGCCACCACCACUACCACCUCCACUACUGGAACUGUGCUGGGCUCUGACGGACGAGAGAGACGCAGAUCAUACCUCACCCCUGUGCGUGACGAAGAGUCCGAGUCUCAGAGGAAAGCCAGAUCCAGACAGGCACGGCAGUCCAGGAGGUCCACACAGGGUGUGACCUUGACUGAUCUCCAGGAGGCAGAGAAGACCAUCGGUCGCAGUCGUCCCACAUGGCCUCGAGAAGAUGAGAAAGAAGAGAAGGAGAAACAGGACAAGGAGAAACAAGAAGAGAAGAAAGAGACGGAGACCAAGGAGGAUGACUACAGGUCACGCUACCGCAGCUUUGAAGAGAAGUACCGGAGCACCUCCUUGGCCUCGACCACCACAGCCUCCUCCACCCUGCCUUCCUCCUCGUCUAGCAGCUCCUCUUCUCUGUACAGCACCUCCUCUCUGAACCGACCCAACAGCCUGAGUGGUCUCACUUCCACCUACAGCCGCACCACACGUGUCACUGAGAGAGAGUCUGACAGAAAAGAAAAAGAGGAUGACAGGGACGCUGAAGACAAGUCUCAGCCACGCUCUAUACGCGACCGCAGACGACCUCGAGAGAAAAGACGCUCGACUGGAGUGUCAUUCUGGACCCAGGAUAGUGACGAGAACGAGCCAGAGCAGCCAUCAGACUCAGAAGAAGGCAGCACUAAAGGAGAGCCUCAGAGUGACAGACUGUCCAGGAAUGACCCUGUUUCUACUAGCACUUCCUCCCUCGACCGUUACGAGUCUUUGAGUAGCCGUGGCAUUGGGGAGAGCCGGCGGCCGUACUCUCGCUUCGAAAGAGACGACACCACUGAUUAUAAGAAGCUUUAUGAGCAGAUUUUAGCUGAAAACGAGAAGUUGAAAGCUCAGUUACGAGAUACAGAACUGGAGCUGGCAGACCUGAAACUGCAGCUGGAGAAAGCCACGCAGAGGCAGGAGCGCUUUGCUGAUCGAUCACAGCUGGAGAUGGAGAAAAGGGAAAGAAGAGCUUUAGAAAGGAAGAUCUCUGAGAUGGAGGAGGAACUGAAGAAUCUUCCUCAGGUAAAGCAGGUGCAGUCUCUGCGUCAGUAUAACGAGCGUUUGCAGGCAGAGAACAGGGCGCUGGCUCGCGUGCUCUCCAAAAUCUCACAGGGCUGCAGCCACCUGCCCGCAGCAGACCUGUAGACCCGCCCUCACCUCCCCUUACACCCCUCCUCAUGCUCCAUUCAGCUCCGCCCACGCCCAUAUAAAGGCAGGUGCCAGCUGAUGCUCCGCCUCCCUCUGUGCUUCCUGGGGAGGAUUUUGGGGCUUUAAAA